GCGGCAUCGUCCCCUCGUUGUACGACGGCUCCCCUGCGGCUCCCAUGGCAACGGAGUGCCAACAAACAGAAGAAGAAGAAGAAACACUUCCUGUGAGCUGACAGGACAGCACCAGCACCAGCAGCUGGCGUGAUCAUCCAUCCACCUGCCGUGUCAAGCUUCCUUUGAUGGCUGGUGUGAUCAUCUCACACAGUGAUGUCAGCCACGACAGGAGUCGACACGACACUCCGGACAAUGACCUGAACGAAAUUGCACAAUAUGUAUUCAGUCAAUACAGAAACAGAAUCUCAAACUGAAUGGUGUUUUUAUUAUUUUUAGGUGUAAACUAAAAGUGAACAUGAGCUCACCUCUGUCGAUGCUGAAGAAAACAAGGCGCGCUCCCCUGCAGGGCGUCCUGAGUGAUCAAUGGCAGUGGCAGAGAAAAAGUCCCCUUCAGGAGGAACAUGUCAAAAGAGCUUCAGGCAUCAUUGGUUGAUGAUGACGAGGAUGAGGAUGAUUCAUUCGAUCCACAUCCUCCCCGACCCUGUCGCACUCCGGCCAGCAACGCCCCCACGUCGAAGUCAAAAGCCCCUUUGAAGAAAGUUGCUCCGCCGAGCGACUUUGAGCUCAUGUCUUCCAUGAUGCAGCGCGUGACCCUGCUGGAGAAACAAGUGAGGAGCCAAGCCCAGGAGCUAGAGUGCAAGAAUAAAAAGAUCUCUGUUUUGGAGCGGAAGCUGCGGGUUCAGAAAGAAUCAAAGAGUUCGCAUGAUCUUGAAAGAAGGUGCCGACUGCUGCAGAAUCAAGUGCACGAGAUGGAGAGCUUUCUGAAUGACUAUGGUUUGAUCUGGGUGGGAGAUGGGGAGACCAGUGACCCCGCUGAGUGUGAGCAGACACACAUCUCUGGCAGAGGCCUCUCGCAGCCAGGCACCUCCUCCAGGGUCAGGGAUUUCCACAUGAACUUCGACCUCGUGCAGCAGAGGAUCAAGGAGCUGAACGUCCUCGCAGGGGAGGGGGAGUCUUUUGUACGAUCCACAGCCACGGGGGCACAGCUGGCGAAAAAGGAUCCCAUUCAACUGAGGCUCUACAGCAACGGCAUUGUCAUGUUUGACGGUCCUUUCCGCUCUUAUCAGGAGCACAGCACCCAGCAAUGCAUGAAAGAUCUGAUGGACGGGUAUUUUCCAUCUGAGCUACAUGAAAGAUUUCCCGAUGGUGUUCCUUUUGAGGUUCAUGACAGACGAGAUGAAGAAUUUAUCUUCAGGCCACCGUGGGAGAAGUUCCCCGGUGAAGGACAGGCUGUUUGUGGCAAGAAAGAUGAACCGUCAUCUGUCGCCAGCUCUCAAACACUUGGCAAGAAACUGACCACGGGUCAGUUCCUGAACCGGAUGCCCAAGGCGGUGGUCAAGGGGGGUCACUUGAUCGAUAUCAGGGACACGCUGAGAGCAACCCUGCGGGGUUCAUCUGACGCCCGGAGCAGCGACUCAGUGAUCCUCGUCGACACGGCAGCACUGCAGGCGAUGAAAGACAGGCCGCAGACGUUCAGCUCCGACAGGCCGUCGUCAGCCCGCGAUGUCAUCACACUGAAGGUGAAGUCCGAGGACGGUAAUCAAACCUACGUGUUGAAAAUGCGCUUCUCUGAAACAAUCGGCCACCUGCGACAGUAUCUGGACAAACACAGAGGCGGUGGUCUCCUUGGUUAUGACAUCAUCAGCGCAUACCCACAGUGCCGCUACCAAGACGACUGCAGGAUGCUCCGGUCAUGUGGCCUCACGACGAACGCCGCUUUGCUGCUGAAAAAGAGGCACUACUGACUGGAGUCAAUCAGAUCAACCUAUUAGGAAAUAUGGAUGUUUUUAAAUCUGGACCCUGAAGCAGCUAAAUGGAAUUCAACCAUCUUGUGUCCUGUCAAAAGGACACUUGAGUUUCAAAAACUCCUGUUAGUUUUACACAUUUGGAUUCACUUCCUUUUCUCCCAAUACCAAUUCUAAUACCUCAACUCAGGGUUUUUAUUAAUACCACUUCAUGUACAGUAACAUGAGGACAUGAGGAUUGUUGUGCCACUAGAACCGAGCUGGUCGUCAAACAUUAUAUUUUUAUCACACUGACAAAAUAAACUGUGGAGUCAAUCAAGUCAGAGCCUGAAUGGAUCCUGCGGAUCUCUGCACAGAGGAGGUAUCUACUGCAGAUAAAAAAAAAUCAAUUGAAAAAAUUUAAUCAAAUGGAAUUCUAAACAAUUUAAAACAAAAAGUUGAAAGUCUUUAUUUCUAAAAUAUGCAAAUACAAACAAGGACAAAAGUAUGAAAAUAUAAACAUCAUUUUUUUUCCCUUUCGCAAAACAUUUGAGAUGUUAAGUUAAGGCAUGCGGAACCUGACUUUUCCAAAGAGAAAUCUUGUGCUACUCGAGUUUAAAGGUCCCAUGAAAUGAAAAACUAAAUGGCUUGUUUGUCCCUGGGUGUGUUGUUCUGUAAAAUUUUGUCAAAAGUAAUUGUUGCAUAUUUUCAUAUUAAAAUCCCUUUCUCUUCCUGUAAA